AAAAAAUCGCAACCGCCCUUUUACCGCCAACUCUCUUUCCAAACAACAACAUACUUAUUGUGUGUUCAAUACUACUAGACUUCUUGGUACAUUACGCAGCGAGAAUCAUCAUUAGUAAUAGACAAUAAUACAUUCUAACAACAAGAGUAGUACAUCAAGAAGAAGAAGAAGAAUUUUUUCAAUUCACUCUAGUAGAAAUAUUUGAAAACGUUUAAUAGCCUGUGGCGAUACAACUAAACCUUUCCCUUUUUCAUAGUCAAAAGUUCAACCUCGGUUGUGUGGCUGUUCCGAAGAUUCUCAUCCAAGAUCAUCAUCAUCACUAGUAGUAUCAUCUUUUGAGGAUCCAUCAUCCCCUUCAUAUCUUUAUAUUUAUUCUGUUUAUAGAUAUUGUUUCAUACUGUACAUAUAUUCCAAUUCUAAUUAUCUGGCACGAUCAGCAUUGAACAAGUUAAUUGAUUAUCUAAACUACCAUUAUCCCUUUUCCAUUUAAUCUAUAUCAUCAACAAGAUUAUAUAUAACUGAAAAGAAUCAUUUCAGAAAAAAGUUUAAACAUCUCUCGACUAAUAUGACAAGCCUGAUUGAUACUGUUGAACAAGUUGUCUCCCCAACAUCAACAACAUCUCCAAUGAUUAACAUACACUCAGCGUGUACUUCCUCCUGUUCCUUUGAUUGCACAGCAGAAAGAGAAACAACAUGCUAUGAAGAUGCCUGCUCUGAACAUAGCUGUGGUGAUCACCACCACGAAGAAACAAGAGAGCAUGCACCAGCUACAAAUAUGCCUCUUGUAGUAGGCCCUGCUCUAGUUUCCCCGACUGCUGUUGCCAAUGGCUGCAAAUCGUGUUAUACUAGACCACCACAUUUGAGAGCCAAGUGUUGUGGACCUGGUAAGGCAAAGCUCUUUAAGAAAAAGUCAAAGGUUUUGGGAGCUGUAUUGGCAGAGAGUGGAAUUCUUUCUGAUUUGUUAGAGAAGGAAAAACAAGAAAAGGAUUCCCUCUCGAAUACUGGUUCAUACAUUCACCUCACUCAAUUUACAUCUGUUGUUGGUGAAGAAAACAAUUGUACAAAAGAAGUACUCACCACUACUUCACAUAAGGAACACGUAGACGAGACAUUGAUAGAACAAGCCAACCAUAGCAGCUUACCUCCACUGGUAGAUGUUUCCACACAUCAAGAAGCCAUUGAAAAACCUUCGAGAAUGAGAUCCUUUUUGAGUGGAUUAUUACAGAGAAAACAAAAGGUUAUGGUAACUCUGGGUUUUUCUGGUGAUUCCUCAACAACAAGUAUGGAAACAACUUCUGAUUCUUCACUGACGACAACAGAAAACUAGACACUUCCUGAUGUUAACAAGUUACAAUAUUCCUAUAGUCAAAUGACAAUAGUCAUUCUCGUUUUCCAAUUGUGCUUCAUAGCACUUCCAUUAGCGAAACAUUUCGAUGAAUUUGUGAAAUGUCAAGAUGGAAAAUCCCUCCAUUAAUUUAUUUAACUCCUAAAUGAAUGGCAAGUGCCAUUACUCACCUCUCAUAAUAAAUCUAAAAACCGAACGAUUUCAUUAUU